CACGUCGAUUGCGAACCGAUAAGCGCCAAAGCUAUAAAGUAAACAAGGAAAAUAGCAUACUCCAACACUUCACCAUUCGCUGGUUGACGGUUUUCGCGAACGGAAUCGCGUACAUUUUCGCUUCAGUUUUGUGGCAAAUUGUGUUGUUAAUUGUGGUUUUUUAAAGAAGUGAAUAAAAUCAAUACAAUUGUGAUAGGAAUUUGUGUACCAGAGGCGUUCCGAUGGCUACAAUUCCCAUUUUUUCACCCACCCUUCCCUUUCUAGGGCUAAUACCGGGUGGUUUAAGUCCGGGCCGUAUGCUACGCAUCAAGGGCAUCAUUAACAGCCAUGGAGAACGUUGCCAGAUCCACAUUCAAGCGGGCGCUGCCGUAAACCCGCGAGACGAUGUACCGCUGCACAUUAGCAUCCGACCGAAUGAGCAUGCGAUCGUACGCAAUUCCAUCCAGAACAAGGUGGUUGGCCCUGAGGAACGGUAUGGUGGUUGUCCCAUCCGGUACGGGGAAAGUUUCGAUCUGUUAAUAUUGGCCGAAUCGUCGCUGUACAAACUUGCCAUCAAUGGAGUCCAUUUCUGCACGUUUGCCCAUCGAUUGCCGGUGCAUAACGCGCGUUACAUUUCGAUCAGUGGCGGUGGUGUUAUUUAUUCGAUCGUUUCCGAAUCGGACGUACCGGGCUCCGUACCGGUGCAUCCGUAUCCACAACCACCGAUUGUGCAACAUCCAACACCGUACGCACCACCGAUUGGCUUUGUGCCGAAUGCUCCACCGUCGAGCUUACCGCCACCACCACCGUACACACCAUUGCCGACGCAUCCGAUCGGUGGCGGCGGUGGCCACUAUCCAGGUGUCGGUAUGUACCCACCGCCACCGCCGCCGCCCCAACCGGGUUAUCCGCAUCAUCCACCACCGGGAGCUCAUCCGCCGGCCGUCCCCUUCUCGCUUGGUUUCGUGACGAUGCCUACACCACAGCCUCCAAUGAAUCCGGGAUAUGGGGCUCCAGGUUACCCAACGGCGCCACCACCAUCCUUCAACAUGGCCGGUGGGAAUAGUGGUGGCCGUCACCAGCCGGGAGGUUUUAAAACACCGGCAGGCUUAGCUGCAACGACAGCUUUAGCGGCCGGUACGACCGCGGCCGUUGCUUCGAAAGUCCUUCCUAAAGGGAAAACCAAAAAAUUACUAAAGUACGGUGCCGCAGCUGGCGCAGUCGGCCUUGGUGGUUACGCACUGUCCAAGGCGUUCCAUCGUAAAAGCAGCAGUAGUAGCAGCAGUAGCGACAGUGAUUAAACAUUAUUAAUUCCACAAUCAUAUUGUUAUCGAUAGCACUAUCAUAGCAAAAAACAAUGAAAACACGAUUUCUGCACAUUAACCAUAAAACGGGUUGAACACAAAGAUUCGUUUUACGAAAAAAAUGGGCAUUUCUCCAGAAAUUCUUUUCUUGCUCCGAAACAUGUAUUAAUUUCCACCUUUGCAAACAGAGACAUAUCUGGAG